AUGGACAUAUUACUUUCACUACCAAUCGUUUCGUACUUCCUCGCUCCUGCCAUGACCUCGUGGACUACUUCUCUCAACCUCCUUUUCUUCUACAUGACCUGGACCACCCUCGUCCUCUCUCACGGCCCUCUCAAGAUCGAACUUCUCGGCACCCUCGCUCUUCGCAUCUUCCUUUGGCUGCUUCCAUCGCUGCUCUUCCUUCUUUUCGACACUCUCCUCCCAUCUCUCGCAGAGUCCAUCAAAACAGCAGGAUCAGCGGCUCUCCCUCCAACUCACGGCCCGACCCUCAUCAAGACGCUUCUCUUAGCCCUCUUCAACCUCAUCGUUGCCGCCGGUCUUGAAGGAGGUGUAAGUCUAGCAUGGGCAUCCUACUUCCACGAACCGCUCUUCAGAGCAUCUUCGGCUCUGCCGUUACCAUUCCAGCUGGUUAAGCAUAUGGCCCUUCUCAUCGCCGCCCGCGAGGUCCUGACUUUCUACAUCCACACCCGCGUCCUCCACAGCCGCGGUCACCGCUUCACCAGUACCCGCAUCGGCAAGCUUCACACCUCUUACGCCCACGCCCGCGCCGCGCCGCCCUUCUCCCUGAUGGCCUACGCCGACCACCCCAUUCCCUUCAUCCUCCACCGCAUCGUUCCCGUCUUCCUCCCGGCACUCGCUCUCCGCCCGCACCUGCUGACCUACUUCCUUUUCGUCGGCUUCUGUACCGCCGAAGAGACACUCGCGAUGUCCGGCUACAGCAUCGUCCCAGGAAUCAUCAUGGGUGGUAUCACGCGCCGCACGGCAAUCCACUACGCCGGCAAGGGCGACGGCAACUACGGCGCCUGGGGCGUGAUGGAUUGGGCUCACGGCACGAGCUGCGGGCAGGACGUCAUCGACGACAUGCGCGCCGAAGCGGAGAAACACCGUCUCAAGCAGCGCGGAGAGAGGGCGGCCAGUGACGGAGCCAACUUUCUGCAGGACGGUAUUCAGGAGUUGAAGAAGGGUCGCGGUCGCAAGGGAAAGAAGCAGAACAGCCAGUGA